CAGUGCUCUCCAGAGUCCAUGGAAGCAGCCAGUUCCUACAGUCUUAUUCCUCCCAUCUGUAGCAGUGGAGAGGCUGGUGGAGGACUCCUCUCCAAGGAACAAAGUGUUUCUGGUGUGCUGCUGCAGACCACAGUGUGGACAACACCACAGCCAUGCUGCAGGAGUGGAUCAGAGGGGUGCAGAGCCAGUAUCACUCUGUGAAGUGGACACCCAUGGAAGAACCAAGCUCGCAUGUGGGUGAGUUAGGGCCGAAGCACUGGCCUAACUCUCGGUUCACCCACGUGAUGAAGCUAAAACAGGCUGCUCUUAGAUCAGCCAGGGCUCUCUGGGCUGAUUACAUACUGUUUGUGGACACUGACAACUUGCUGACCAACCGGCGGGUGCUGACUGAGAUGAUAGCAGAGAAUUUAACGGUGGUAGCGCCCAUGUUGGAGUCCCGCGUCCUCUACUCCAACUUCUGGUGUGGUGUGACCCCACAGGGUUACUACAAGCGCACCCCUGAGUACAUUCCCAUCAGGAACUGGAAACGCCAGGGCUGCUUCGCUGUUCCCAUGGUGCACUCUACCUUCAUGGUGGACCUGAGGCGGAGCGCCACCCGGGCGCUGGCCUUCCACCCUCCACACCACGAUUACACCUUCCCCCUGGAUGACAUCAUGGUCUUCGCCUUCUCCGCGCGGCGGGCAGAUGUGCAGAUGUACAUAUGUAAUAGAGAGCAUUAUGGGUAUUUGCCACUGCCUCUGAAGCAAGAGCAAAGUCUGGAGGAGGAGGUGGAGAGCUUUAGCCACACCAUGACCGAGGCUCUGAUCGAUUACCUCAUGAAGCCGUCCAAAUACAUGCACCAUACAGCUAAACCUCUGGAAAAGAUGGGAUUUGAUGAGAUCUUUCUGAUUAAUCUGAAGCGUCGCAUUGACCGGCGGGAUCGAAUGCUGAGCACCCUUGCCGUUCUGGGCAUUGAUAUCACACUGACAGAGGCGGUGGAUGGCAAAGCCCUGAACUCGUCCCAGCUGCAAGCGAUGGGCAUAGACAUGUUGCCUGGGUACAAAGACCCGUAUUCGGGGCGUGUGCUGACGCGAGGGGAGAUCGGCUGCUUCCUCAGUCACUACAAUAUCUGGAAACAGGUGGUGGAACAGGGACUGCAGCGUGUGCUGGUGCUGGAGGAUGAUGUGAGGUUUGAGCCGCGUUUCCGCAGCAGACUGGUGACCAUCAUGGAGAACGUGGACCGAGUGGGACUGGACUGGGAUCUGAUCUAUGUGGGGCGUAAGCGCCUGCAGGUGAAGCAGCCAGAACGCUGGGUGGAGGGGGUCAGUAACCUGGUACACCCUGACUAUUCCUAUUGGACCCUGGGUUACGCCCUCUCUUUGCAGGGGGCCAAGAGGCUCCUGGGCGCCCGGGCCCUGGGCAAGAUGCUACCUGUGGAUGAGUACCUGCCUGUCAUGUUCAACAAGCACCCACGGGAGGAGUACAUGGCCCAGUUUGAGCAGAGGGACCUGCUGGCGUUCUCUGUGGAGCCGCUGCUCCUCUUCCCCACCCACUAUACUGGCGAGCCGGGCUACUUCAGCGACACAGAGACCUCCACCAUCUGGGACGAUGAGGCCACAACCACCGACUGGGACCGGCAGAACACCCAGCGAAGCAGCAAGCAGGACGGCCAGGGACGGCCUAUGCCCCCAGGCAUCGCCAAGGAAGGAGGAGGCGCGCCCUCACCCUCCUCUGCCAGCAAUCAAAGAGAUGAACUCUGAUGAGUUGAGGUCACAUAAACACACACGUUACUCCUAUGAUUAAUAAAUUAAAUCUUCCAUUGCCAUAUUGGCUGGCAACAUUCUUAUCUCUUUCUUGCUACGGCUAACUUACAGUCACAUCAAACAGUGCAGCCAGAAUAACAACAGUAGCUGCAUUUGCAUCUGUUUAAGCUGUUUUCUAGUGAACUUUAUUUGGAUACAUGCAUAACAAU